AGCCAAACGGAGUCCGCAUGUCUGCGGAGGAAAUGCCUCCCAACAUGACAAGCAUAGGCAAGAAGAAGAACAAAAGGGAAAAAAUAGCUCAACCAGUACAACCGGUGCACCCUCAGCCGCAUAAAUCGCCAUCGCCAGAACCAUCGCUGGCCAAGGUGACCGACGUGAUGAAGGGCGAUGCCGGCGCAGCAUGCACGAUCCUGUCGAUUGAGCCGGAAGGCGCGACCCGCGACGUUGAGCAGGAGCUGUUUCUCAGCGACUCACCCUUGUUUGGCGCGAGCCCCAUCAACUCCGCUAAAAUCAUGGAAGUUCCUGCCUUGACGGCACCACGCGCACCACCUCGACCAUCACGCGAUCGAACAUCAAGCGUUAACUAUCUCAAAGGACAGGUGGCACGUUCUCAGCCAGUUCCAACGUCAACAUUCUCGUCAACUGUGGUGGAGUUCGUUCAUGACGUUACUUUACAACAUCAGUCUCAGGCACAGAUGGUUGAAAAAGUUGAAUGGGUGGAACUGCACAGCAUCGAGAAAGCUGGACAGCCAAGCCGCCGGAUGGAGCUUAUAGUACUGGGACUAGCUCGAGGAUUCCAAGUUUGGACGCUUAAUGAGAGUGGUGAUUGCGAGGAAGUGAUGUCGGAAAGACAAGGUCCUAUCAGGGCAUUUGUUCCCCUAUCGAGCAAUUUCGAUUUGCACAACGGCGAAGUAGACCCUUUUGCGGAUCAGCGUCCAAUGGUGGCAAUGGUCGACACGUACACUACGAUUCCGGAUCGACAGUAUUGUUCUGUUUCGAUAGUGUCUCUCAGUAGUGGUAAGGGUGUGCGAAGAUUUGCGUUCGAGGAGCCUGUUUGUGGCUUAAACACUGCAUCCAGGUAUCUUGUAAUAUCACUAUCCACACGCCUUGUUAUCUACGAUACCGUAACAUUAACUGAAAUGCGGUCGAUCCGAGUGGUACAACCACCAGAGUCUUGUGCUCCUGCAGUUGCGCUAAAUCAACAAUUUGUUGCCUUUGCUGACUUCAAGUUGAAUCCGGACAUGCAAAGUUGCGGCGGAAUGUGCGGUGAUGUCGAUGAUGCCCCUGCCACUUAUGCUAAUCAGAUGUUUAGCGUAGCUAAGGCUUUGUCGCGCACAGUCACUUCUUCUGUAACCCGAGUGAGUGGCUCAAAAGCAGGGGAAGUGCCCAUGGGGAUCGUCACUGUGAUUGAUUUGGAGAAGGAAGUUGAAGAGGGAAACGAGGCACUAGCUGUGAUGGCACAUUUUGCGGCUCAUAAUGAGCCAUUGGCACAUAUGGCAUGGUCUCCUGAUGGUCGUCUUUUAAUGACAGCCGAUACGUCAGCAUGCGUUUUCCAUAUAUUCUCGAUUCUUACCCAUCCAUAUACACCACUUCUGUCUGCUGUGCAGCAUCUGUACCGUUUGCGUAGGGGUACAACUAUUGCCAAGGUGGUUUCAUGUGCUUUUUCUCUUGAUUGCCGAUGGUUGUCAAUUUGCACAAACCAUGGCACUUGUCAUGUGUUUGCGAUCAGUCCUUAUGGUGGUAAGCCGUCGAGGCGAACUCAUGGAGAACAUUUCACGAACAAGGAUUCCCGCUUUCUGCGAUCAGCCGGUUUGGCUGGAGGUGUCGAUGCGCAAGCUGUGUUACCACCACGUUCUAGGAACCACAGUGGAGCGACACCAACAGCAAGGGAGCAUCCAUGUAUGUGGAAUCGCACCAUGGCUCGAUCUACCGCUAAUCCUAGGAUAGGACCCUAUUCUCCUCCAAUUACACUGGAUUCUGUGAAGAAAAUAAGGUCUCAGUUGAGCGCGACCAAUCUUCUUGCCCUCGGGAAAGAUCUGGCUCCCCUUGCUCUCGCAGCUGUGGGCGCUGGUGGAAGCUCAAAACGUCGAGCCAGCGUUGACUUGCCACGAGUGGCGCUCGCAUUCUCCAGUCGAACGGCAGCGACCGCCCGAUCUCCAGCACUUCUCAUCGCCAGUGCUGAUGGAGGAGUUGUGUGCGAAUAUGAGCUCCAUCCACGAGUGUUGGGUUCAAUGAGCACAGAAGAUCCGCCACAAAUUGAUGUGUUGCCAGCAGCAAUGUGGACUUUGCAUAGAACAAAGAACAAUGCGGACAUUCCGCCGCCAUUGCAGCCCGGCAGUCCACUAAUUACUUGGUUGGUGCCCGACAAAAAGCGACAAAGAAACGUGCGGGAGCCGGACACAUGGAUUCCGCAAGUUGAAGUGUGCACUUAUUCUGGUCCUCAUCGAAGGCUUUGGAUGGGUCCACAGUUCAAAUUUUUCGAGUAUCGUGAGGAGAGUAGUAGCGCUGAGCUGAUGACACCAUCAGAAUCACGGCACUCUCUUUCGUCAAUCAAAUCGGUUCCUGUGGUUAUAGGAGGUGCCGGAAACAAUAGCUCAAAUAGCGAUGCCACUCGUAUUGAAUGCGGGUCCUGGGCGAGUGAAGUAUCGAUGGCAUUGGGGGAUCAGGUGACAGUCAGUGGUGAUAUCAGUGAACAAAUAGCGGACGCAAUGCGUGACGUUGAAAUUGAUGAAUCGCGUGCAGUCGGGGAGGUUUUCUUUGACACCCAUUCGCCAGGGAUUAAACGGAAACCAUCCAAAAGCAAAACGACUGUCGACGAGGAGGAUUUUGAUUUUGAUGAUUUUCGAUAAUUUUCUUUUGAGGGACAAACCUCCCCAUUGAUUUGCGAAAUCCUUAAGUUCACCUGAAUGAGUCGUCUGUAAGUCCUUCUAUUUUGUCAGCUUGCUUUGUCCUGAGAAAUUUUCUUCUUUUAAUAUUCUCUUUUCUUACUCUGCUUUUCAAAACCCAGCUGCUUAGUUGUGGCUUUACUAAAACUAUUCUGAUUUUUUGCCUUUUUUGAGUUUCACACACUAUUAGUAAAAGCACGACUAGCUGUCAUAGUUUUCUAAUUCUUCAUUUUUUACUUUUUUAUAUUGAUUGCAACUCUUCCAGUGUUGCUAUUGUAUAUAAUUGUAUAUUAACUGCCAUUGAAGAAUGUAUAGGUAUCUUGCUUAUCUUCUUUUUCUCUAAACAGGGACAUUACUGCGCUAUUCUAGGCCAUCCAUUUUCCACUUCAUAUUUAGCUCCACGAGGAAUCUUCGGCCGUUUUGAGGCCUAUACUUCCUUAUGCCAGUUUUCCCAGUAUGAUUUUCUCUCUUCCAGCAAAACUUGGUAGACGUAGCCCCGAUAUAGUGCACACUGUAAUUGUGAUAACAUUCAGGUUUCUUGUCUAGCUCGAUAUUCAAUACUCAGUAUUGAUAUUCGCAGUGCGAAUUGACGUAUGGUUUGAAGUGAUUUUAGGGCUCUCAAUUUGGUUCAGCGUCCUUCCGGACUGCUAAAAGUACAGAGAUCAUGUGCGACUGAUUUCCAAGCAUUAUUCUCUCAUUUGUAUGUGUGUAUAGGUUGUCAACAUAACAAAAUUGCCUUAUGCUUAGAAGUAUUAACGAAUUUAACUAGGUUUUUAUUGAUCGAAAAUCCAAAAAACACGGUGCGGUGAUCCAGCUUUUCUCCCUUAUGUAUACGGUGUUCUUCCUCUUCUUACUUUGUCUAACAAUAAGUUCCGCAUAAAUGGACGUUGAGCGUCUUAUCAUAAUUUUUUAAGGACGUCUUGAAUAAUCCAUUGAGUUGUUUGAGGACUAGAUAUACAUUGUUCAUCAUGCAGUGAAUCGUAUGUUGUAUGUAUAAAACUUGCAAAAGCAUCCCCGCGGAAAUAAUCGCAUUUGAACAUUG